GCGCUUCUUCUCGCGCGUCCUUGUCCCUGCCCAGGCAGAGCGCAGCGCAGCGCGCACAACAGAUGGCAAAGCAACAGAGGAGUUCGCCAGCGCAUCUGUAUCGAGAUUAACUGUCAAACUCGCCGAUCAGUAUAAAAAAGCGAGCGCAUCCCAGCCUUCUGGAGGGCGGACUGGGAACACUGGAAAGAACUCGACAACUGCUCACGACUGCAAAAAGGGGCCAUGCCAUUUGGUUGUUUAACGUUUGGAGAGAAGAAGGACUACAACAGUCCUACAGACAUCACAGACAGAUAUGACCUGGGCCAGAUCGUUAAAUCGGAAGAGUUCUGUGAGAUCUUCCGUGCCAAGGACAAGACCACAUCGAAAAUGUACACCUGCAAAAAGUUCCUGAAGAAGGAUGGGAGGAAGGUGCGGAAGGCGGCGAAAAACGAGAUCUUCAUCCUGAAGAUGGUGAAGCACCCCAACAUUCUCCAGCUGGUGGACGUCUACGAGACACGGAAAGAAUAUUUCCUCUUCCUAGAACUUGCUACAGGUAGAGAGGUGUUUGAUUGGAUCCUGGACCAGGGCUACUACUCAGAGAAAGACACCAGCAAUGUCAUCCGGCAAGUGAUGGAGGCCGUGGCGUAUCUGCAUUCCCUCAACAUCGUCCACCGCAACCUGAAGCUGGAGAAUCUGGUGUAUUACAACCGCCUGAAACACUCAAAAAUAGUCAUCAGUGAUUUCCAUCUGGCUAAACUUGAGAAUGGACUUAUUAAAGAGCCUUGUGGAACUCCAGAGUACCUGGCUCCGGAGGUUGUGGGCAGACAGCGAUAUGGACGACCUGUUGACUGCUGGGCACUUGGAGUGAUCAUGUACAUAUUACUUUCUGGGAACCCUCCAUUCUAUGACGAAGCAGACGACGAAGAUUAUGAAAACCACGACAAGAACCUGUUUCGCAAAAUUCUGGCGGGAGACUAUGAGUUUGACUCACCGUACUGGGACGAUAUCUCUGACUCUGCUAAAAGUUUAGUAUCACGUCUCAUGGAGGUUGACCAGUAUCAGAGACUAACUGCACAGGAAGCCAUUAACCAUGAAUGGAUCUCUGGAAAUGCUGCCUCAGAUAAGAACAUCAAAGAAAAUGUGUGCGCACAGAUAGAGAAGAAUUUUGCAAAAGCUAAGUGGAAGAAAGCCGUUCGAGUUACUACCCUCAUGAAGCGUCUGAGAGCUCCAGAGCAUCAGAAUACCGACCCUACAUCUGCGGCCAGUGCCGGAGCCCCCAAUCCUGCAACGGGUGCGCUGGAAAAUCCCCAAGCCCCAGCUGAGGCCUCCAUGGCUGCCGCUAAAAUCACUAUCCCAGAGAACAGCCCUGCUCCCACAGCGCCUCCUGCUGGCCUAGAAAUCCCUGGCGCUGCUGCAGAGGCCACAACAGCUCCCGCACAUCCACCGGCAGAGCAAACUCCGCCCAGGCCAUCUCCUGACCAGGCCGGAGCGGACGCAACGUCACGCUGCAAUGGUGAAGCUCCUCCACCUCCGUUCUCCACACACCCCGGAGAUGAACUGAAUGGUUAAAACCUCCCUCGGUCCAUUAUCUCCCACACCCCUACCGGCAGUGUGCUUCCCCUGUGUUUGGCCCUAAGCUCUGUAAAUUAGCUGUUAGCAUGCUCACCCUCAACCUGCUUCACUCUCACACUAACAUGAGCACCGCCGGUGUCGUUUCAUCGAGCCUCGUGGUGCCAGUCUCCUCCUGACCUAUCAGUGUGUCCCAACUAAAUCCUCCCCAUGAGGUUUUACCACCUAAACUAUUGAUUACCAAUAUAUAUCAAUUUAUAAUGACAGAGCUAAAUUUGUACUGUUUCGGGGUCAGUUAUUAAGAUUUGUCUUCAAUGCUAACUACACUGACAAGCUACUCUGAAAAGCCAUACUAUCACGAUUGACCCAUUGAGCUAACUGGUUCCAUUUGUAGGAGAUCAUGAACUUCUUGACUUAUGUCCUAUGGUAUUUAUUGUAUGUGGGUCAUUUUCACAGUCAAUGUUAUCUGUGAGAUUUCCAGGGAAAUUCCAUUUCAAUUAUUUGGAGUAAUUUUACAAAUUGGGCGAUCUUAAUCUGAUAUGGAAGCCAUAUUUCAUAAGAUGUUUACUCAGUCAGUUGGCUAGUAUAUCUAGCCUGCUUCAUUCCUUAGGAAAGCACAACUUGGCUCUUUAAAAAAAAAAAAAAAAAAAGUAAAGUUUUUGUAAAUACUUUUCUCUCUAGAGAUGUAGCCAAAAAUAGCAUGCGUUUUGAUAUUGCUGUUUAUUUUCAUGUCCUGGCAGUCUGUGUGUUAAGAAAGACAUCACACUACACGGCCUUAUGCGCAGAAUAUGUCCCCCACAGAAUUUAUCGCUCUUCGUCCAGCCAUUUUAACUCAUAUAUAAAUAUUAAUUAAGCAUUCAAUUAAUUAAACAUUCAAAUCACAUGCUAGGUACUUUUGCUAUCAAGGCUGCAAGUUCCUUCUUUUAAGGAAAGGUAUGGGAUACGAGGUUUGAGAAUGUCAGUUGUACACAAUACUAACAGCUUGGCUCUUCACAGUCAGAGAAAGGAAAAGAAAAAAAUACUUUUAAGAGUGGGUCAAUAUCACAUUGUAUAAUAUAUUUUUAGAUGAUGUACAUUUUGAAGAUUUCAAGUUCCCCUCAAAGCUACACAUUGUGUGAGUUUAACUGUAACCUGCUUUAUCUCUUGUUCAGAUAAAAACUACAGAGCCUAAUGCAACUGUUUUUGUUCGCUAACUAGUGCCAGACAAAAGACAUUACGUUUAUUUAUAAUAAGAUUUUGUAUUUAUAAAAAGAAACUUUGUGUGUACGCAUUUCAUUGAGAAUUUCCAUGUUGUCUUUGAAACUGGUAUAUUAAUCCUUCUGAGCCAGUCUUAUGAUGUGCUCUGUUCAUAAUUUGCGUCUUUUAUUAUAUUCUCUGCUGUAUAUUUGAAAUUAACAAAAGGAAUAACAGCUGUGCAGAAGGAAAAAUGGUUAUUUAUUGUUAUUUUAUAUUUAGUUACAUGAUAGAGAGCAUUUUUAAGAUGAGCUAAUUUUACUCAUUUUUACUCAUUUACAAAUAUUUAUUAAGUCAUUGUACAGUAUUAUAUGUAUCACUUAUUUUAUUUGUUUUAAUGUACUUUCCACAUGUAUCUAUACAUCUCCAUGCAUUUUAGCAUGAAGUACUAUACUGGAAAAGCUCACCAGCUCACCCUUCUGCUCCGGCACAGAGUCCGUGACUGAGGUGACCCAGAUAUGAUAAUGUGACCGAGGUGAGGGUGUUGUCAGCACAACCAGGAGCAAUAGCUUACUCCCCGCGACACUGUGACGCCGGGUCCUGCACACCGCUAGCGUGCGCAUGACAGUGCCAUCGACCCGCGGUUGGCGCACUCUCCGUCCCAUUGGCUGUACUUGUCCUCAUGCUGGGUAGGGAGGGGCUUAGACACUCGUGUGCCAAAUCCACCUCUGGUGUUACAGCUAUGUCGAUAGGAGCCACAGGUCCUGGUGCUUGCAUUAACGUGCAUAUUUACAUGGAUGAGUCAACACUAAUGGAUAAGAUCAACACUAAUGGAUGCAAAGCUAGAAAUAAUUGAAACCUUUGAAAUUAACGAUACAUAAACAAACAAACAGUGCACGGAAAGUUGAGGCACAGCAGAGUAUGUGCUUGUCAUUGACACCAGCCAUGUUCAUGAAAUUAUUACCACUGUUAGCCAGCUGUGAGAAAUUGCCUUGAUAUAGUUGGGCCACCAUAACCGAGCCAGUACAGCUGCACUGCUGCUAGUUGGACUGCCAUUCCAAAUCGAAGUCACUUUGCAGCUUUUGGCAAAGGCUUGUGGUUGCUUUAAAAUAGAUGCUGUUGUUGAGGGAGAUUAGAUACGUAGCAGCCUACUGAGACUUAAUUGAAAAGGCCUGGGGGGGACUUUCAGUGAGAGCUAUAUUUGUGGGCUUUAUUGAGAGAGGUUUAGUGUGGGUGGGUGGGUGUAUGUUGCAGAUACAGGUUUAUGCUGAAAUCUGAUUUUAAUGUAUCCUCUCAUCCCAGUGCUUUUUGUUUUUUGUUUUGCUUUUUUUUUUUUUACCCUUUGUCUGUAAAUUCCUAUCUUUCCUGGUCUAUACAGUCAUUUACAAUAAUUUAAUUGCUAUAACCCAAUCUUGUAUUAUAUAGUUUUUUUGUCAGUUAGUUUUUUAAUUAGUUUGUUUGUUUUUCUUUGAGAGCUAAAACCAGGAGGGUUGGUAAAAAAAAGAAAAAGAAAAAAAAAGUCUGAUACAUUUCUACAUGGGUCUGAUUUUUACAGAAUACAAUGUACAUGUACACCGUAACAGGAAACUGUGUUAAUACAACUCAAAGCAAUGCUUUUUUAGCACAAAACAUUUGCAUUUCAUGUUAGUCAUUGGGUUUCUUCUGGCAGUUUCUUGAGUAUUUAAUGCUAUGGUUGUUUGUGAGCUCUCUUGGAGUUCUGAUCUCUCUAGACUUUAACAUGUAUUCCUCUAAACUUCACCCAUUUGAUGGUAAUAAAUGAUUAAAAAUGCUAUAUAUAUAAAUAAACAUAAAACAUCUGAAUCA